AUGAUUCAUCCGGGUUACGAUGAAAAUUACCCCCGACCCACACCUGACUCUAGAUCUUCCAGAUUUGAGCAACCAACUCGGGCUGCAGUGCACCUCACUCAUUGCGAUGAUGAACCCGUUGAACCUGUCAUUUCUGCCACGACUACCGUUUGCCAACCCGAUUCCAUAAGCUGCACACCGUUAAGAACUCGAGGGAAGAAUGUUAUUCUGCCCACUGCCGUGGUUAUUAUCGUGGACUGCUAUGGCAAAGAACACUUUGCACGAGCUAUUCUAGAUUGCGCCUCACAGGCCAGUUUGAUAACGGAGCAAAUGGCUCAACUUCUUCGACUGAAACGAACCAAAAUGAGUAUGCUCGUAAAUGGAGUAGGAGAUCAACCAAUGCUGGCAACAGAAUCUGUGGCAACUCAGAUUCGUUCCAGAAAGAAAAACUUCACAAGCGACAUUGAAUUUAUUGUUCUAAAAAAAAAUAUCCCGAAGCUACCUGGUCAAAGCUUUCCUGUUGACCACUGGAACAUCCCCGAUGAUUUGUUUUUAGCGGAUCCCGGAUUUAAUAGAAGCAGUAGCAUUGACUUGCUUAUCAGCAACGAGCAUUUUUUCACGUUUUUUACGUCCGCUGGUAGAAUCGAACUUUCCAAGUCAUUGCCAUUAUUGGUCGAAAGUGUUUUCGGAUGGCUCGUAUCAGGUGCUGCGAACUCCGGAAAGCCUCCAAAUGAUGCGUUCAUGUACAACAUCUUAGCCGUACCAUUAGUAUCACUCGAAGCAAAACUGGAAAGAUUUUGGAAAAUGGAAGAAUUACCUGUUAGAUCUGAUCGUUCUCCACAAGAAAAGGAAUGCGAAGAAUUCUAUGCUAGAACUGUUUCUCGAAUGCCGGAUGGACGGUACGUUGUUCGCCUUCCACGACACCCGAAUUUUGGGGCAAUGCUGGGUCACUCUAAAGCAAUGGCAGAAAAACGGUUUGAACUGCUUGAACGAAGGUUAGAAAGGUCACCACAGCUAAAAAUGGAAUAUCAUAAAUUUAUGGCGGAAUAUCUUUCCCUUGGGCACAUGCGUCUGGUUGAAAAUGGAGAUCGCAACACUACGGUAGCAUGUUAUCUUCCGCAUCACUCCGUCAUUAAAGAAGCUAGUACCACCACUAAAGUGCGAGUCGUAUUCGAUGCCUCUGCCAAAACCACCUCCGGUUUCUCGCUCAAUGAGUCAUUGCUCGUUGGUCCUGUCGUGCAAGACGAUCUCAUCGCUAUCAUUCUGCGAUUCCGAACAUACCCCGUUGCACUUGUAGCUGACAUCGAAAAAAUGUACCGCCAGGUUUUGCUCCAUCCCGAAGACACAGCACUACAGCGCAUUUUAUGGCGUUUCAGCCCAGAGCAACCAGUUCAAACAUAUGAGUUGCUGACUGUGACGUACGGGAUGGCUCCAUCUUCUUUCUUAGCCACACGCACGUUACAGCAGCUUGCAAAUGAUGAAGGGUUAGCAUUUCCAAACGGUGGGCCAGCUUUACGGAAGGGGUUUUAUGUCGAUGACUUCAUUGGAGGGGCAACAACAAUAUCAAAGGCGAUAUGCGUGCGCAACGAACUCAUCGAGCUGCUUGGAAAAGGAGGAUGCAGCAUACGCAAAUGGGCAUCAAAUGAACAGCGGGUAUUAGAGGAUCUAAAUGCAGACAAAAUAGCUGAAAUGACAGAACGUCGAUUCGAUACUGAAGAAACCGUUAAAACUCUCGGCAUAUGCUGGGAACCUUCACGCGACACCCUUCGGUUUGAUCCUGAAUUACGACAGAAAGCAAGCAAACCAACAAAACGCUCAAUUCUUUCAGCCAUUUCGCAGCUAUUUGAUCCGCUGGGACUAGUUUCGCCUGUGAUUAUACGUGCCAAGAUCAUAAUGCAGCAACUUUGGUCAUUACCUUGCGGCUGGGAUGACGAAGUUCCGGAACCAAUCGUAUUGAAAUGGCAAAACUACGUUGAACAGCUCCAGAAACUUUCCCUAUUUCGUGUUGAUCGCUACGCCUUACUCCCAAACUCAAGUGUGCAGCUACAUACCUUUGCCGAUGCUUCGGAACAAGCGUAUGGUUGCUGUAUUUAUGCUCGCGCAAUCGACACUCACGGUAAUAUUCGCGUGCAGCUAUUGGCCUCUAAAUCACGCGUGGCACCAUUGAAGCGAGUUACCCUUCCCCGCCUUGAAUUAUGCGCAGCAGACUUAGGAGCGAAACUCCACAACUGUGUCGUGACAGCUCUCAACAUCGAAGUGGCGGCUUCCUACUUCUGGUCAGACUCCAUGGUCACGCUACAAUGGUUAAAGGCGCAGCCAAGCACAUGGAAAACAUUUGUCGCUAAUAGAGUCUCUGAGAUACAGACGAUGACACAGGGAUGUCUUUGGAAUCAUGUAGCUGGCAAACAAAACCCCGCAGACAUAGUUUCAAGAGGAAUGGAAGCAGAUGAAUUUUUAGCCAGCAAACUGUGGACCAACGGACCCGACUGGCUUGCUUGGCCAGAAAACUUUAUGCCAGUCACAAAUAUUCCUGACUAUCCCGAGCAAGGAGCAGAACGUCGAAAGCAGCAGAUAAUUGCAGUAGUUAAUUUGCAGCCAGCCCACAAUCCUUUAUUCGAUAUAUGUUCUUCCUACAACCGUCUAGUCCGUAUAGUUGCAUACUGCCCCAGAUUUGUAAAAAACGCACGAGCAAAAACCCGUUCCCAGCCGAUACCUAUUGCCGAUCCGCUAUCCAGUCUGCUCUUAUCAGUCCAGCAUACAACUGCAGCAAACAUACGGCUAAUCCAAUUAGCUCAGGCAGAUGCAUUCAAACAAGAGAUAUGCGAAUUGAAAUCUGGCAAAUUUCUUUCGAAGCGCUCACACAUUCGCGCCCUAUGUCCAUUCAUCGACCCGGAAGGUACCAUCCGAGUGGGAGGGAGACUACGACUUUCAGAACAACCAUACAUAACCAAACAUCCUAUCCUCCUACCAAACUUCCAUCCAUACGCUCGCAUGAUAGCCAAGUGUUAUCAUCUGAAAUUAAUACACGGUGGAAGUCGGUUGACACUUGCCUCCUUGCGAGAGAGUUACUGGCCAGUCAACGGAAGAAGAUUGGUUCGAAGUGUGUUGCGAAAUUGCUUCCAGUGCGCCCGAGCCAGUCCUGUUCCCGUCGCUCAGCAGAUGGGACAACUACCUGUCCAUCGAGUCACCGCAAGCAGACCGUUCACAACAACAGGCGUCGAUUUUGCUGGCCCCGUGUAUUUGAAGCCGAUCCAUAAGCGCGCCGCUUCUGUCAAGGCUUACAUUUGCAUCUUCAUUUGUUUCUGCACAAAGGCUGUCCAUAUAGAGUUAGUCAGCGACCUAUCCACACAAGCAUUUCUGUCUGCACUUCGUCGUUUAAUCUCUCGUCGUGGUCGGCCUACUAACAUCUAUUCGGACAACGGCAAGAAUUUCGAGGGAGCGAGAAAUGAACUAGACGAAAUACGCCGCAUGCUGCACGACAACCGAAACACUAUACACGACGCUUGCUUAAAGGAAUGUAUCACCUGGCAUUUCAAUCCACCAAAGGCUCCACAGUUCGGUGGCCUAUGGGAAGCAGCAGUGAAAGUGGCCAAAAAGCAAAUGUACCGACAGUUGGGAAACACAAGACUAAAUUUCGAAGAUAUGGCAACGUUACUAGCUCAAAUAGAAGCUAGCAUGAACUCGCGCCCGCUAGUACCGAUGACGGAAGAUCCGAACGAUAUUUCCUGUUUAACACCCGCUCACUUCUUGAUCGGUGCCAGCUUGCACACACUACCGGAGCCCGACAUUCGUCAUAUUCCAAUGGGCAAAUUGGACCACUACCAGCACCUGCAAAGAAUUAAUCAACAGUUUUGGCAAUGUUGGCGGACAGAGUACCUGCAAGAGCUUCAACGUAUGACAAAGACCUGCAAUCCGAAUACCGACAUUCAGCCAGGGCGAUUAGUCGUGAUUGUGGACGAAUUUCAAAUCCCCGUAAGGUGGCCUCUAGCAAGAAUCCUUUCCGUGCAUCCUGGGAAAGAUAACCUCACUCGCGUGGUGUCACUCAAAACGAGCCGCGGGAUCAUCAAACGCCCGGUGACAAAAAUCUGCCUGUUACCUUUGGACACUGUCGGCGAACUACCACCAGAGGAACAACUAAUCCAGUCCAACGGGUCCAAGUAA